UUCCGGUCCUUCUCGGAGCCCGAACAUAAGCGGAAGUUAGUUCCGCUGAGCGAUAAACUUUCACAGUCAUUGUCGACGUUUUUAAUAACGAGAUUAUUUUUCAUUCAUUCUUCACAUUUAAAAAAAAAACAUUUUAUUGCCCGUAGAGUGUUUUUAAGUUGAAUAAGUGUGCACUAGAUAGGCAGAGUUCUUCGCGGAAGGAUCCGCACUCCGCCGGGCUCUCGCGUGGAGCGAGAUUUGAAUUGCUCUCUGCUGCUCCUUUUUUAAUCGUGUUUUAUUUUCAGGAGUAUGUAAGACAUUAAUGGCCUUUUUAUGAAACAAUAGUGUUUUUUAUAGUAAUUAGCAGCAGACCCCUCUAUCGUUUUUUUAGGAUUUUCAAGCUGCUCUUGAAUCCUAAGAUCUAUGCAAACUGUGCAGAUGGAAAGCACAGAGAUGAACCCUGCUGGCCCAGAAGGAUCUCAGAAGGACGAGAUGUUGCCCCCCUCAGAAGAGAACACCCCUCCUGUUUUAACAGACACCUCAGCCCCCCUGAAUUUCUCCGUGGUCACCCCCCGUCGGUUGGGCAUCUCUGUCCAGAGCUUCACCCCAGCGGCCUCAUCGAACCACAAAGAUAAGUCUCGUCUAUCACAAUUAAAGGCAAGGCGGCGAUCCGGCAUCGGUGUCCGUGGUUCACCAGAGACAAACUCCCUCAUCCGCUUCAUGGCACAACAGAGAUUGAAGACUCCAACAAACUACCAAACUCCAGAGCCUGUCAGUCAUAGCCCCCUUCUUCCCCGGGUGGCGUCCACUCUGAGGCAAAAGAUGGCCUCCUUCCAGAGCCUGAUGGAUGUGGAGGAGCGUGAGGUCUGUGAUCCGAUGCCAAGACAGGACGGCAACACUGGAGGAUGCAUCAAGACAAGAGAUUAUCUGUCUGAUGGAAACGGCAAGGAGAACCACCCACCACUGAUGAUGCCCUCAGCCAAGAAGAGGAGGUGCCUGGCCCCCCUUGAAAGCUGCGAAGUGGAGAUAAGAGAGGCCAGCGCUCCUGUCCCCCAGUUCAAGUUGAAGGAGCAGGAGGAGGAUGAAGAAACGGUGACAUGGGUUUUGAAACGAGGACCUUCAACAUCCAGUGAGACUGUGAAAGAGGUCCAGCCUGAGCUUAUUUCCCCUCCUCUACCACCAGCCACCUGUUCCACUACUAACAUCCAACAGGAUGGUUUCUUUGAACUCCAAAGCCUCAGCCGACCACUGGUGGCUGUCUCCCCUUUCCACUUCCCCUCUCUCCCUGGUCUGCUGGAGAUGAAACCCACAGGAGACGACGACUCCACUGGGACGUCUGCUGUUAAGAAGAAAAAGAGGGUGCGCUUUGGAGUUCCGCUCUCUCCUGAGUUCUUUGAUAAGCACCUUCCCCCCAGCACCCCGUUACUGAAGGGUGGCACGCCACUCCGAGCACCCACACCAGGUGGGGCUUUACAGCUGCGCUCACUGCUGAAGACCCCGCAGAAGAGUGAACCGCAGACGCCACAAGCUCCGUCAGACUUCUGCAGCACCACUGACUUUGGUGCCUCCCCUACACUCACAAUGCCUCGCAACUUCAAAAGGCAGUCUGUGGAAGAAGACAGUGAGGAGGAUGGAAAGAUUGUUUUCCCUUCAAUGGAGGAGAUUGACUCUGCAGUGACAAGUGAUACAGGAUAUCUGUGGGACUCCCAGCCACUGAACUUAAACUCUGCUUUCUAUGAGGAGUCUCUGUCUCAGAUAGUGACAGAGUCUGAGACUAAACCCAGCUCAACCUCUCAGAUGCUCGUCCUGGAUGAGCCGGCAUCCUCACCAGAGAAGAAGAAACCUGCAACUCCAGCUCCGGGCAGAUCUAAGAGGCGGAGGAAAAAGCAGUGUGAUGCAGAGUUUGAAUCUACAAGUGAGGCUCCAGCUCGCUCCGGCAGUCGAAAGAGAAAGCAACCAGAGGAGAGCGAACCUGUGAAGAGGUCGACACGCUCUGCUGCCAAGACGGCCUCUGGGAAGAUGAAGACAACCUCCGCAGCAGCGCGUCGUUGGAACAGGGACGUGGACCGCUCCCUGUACGGCUCUCGGGAAUACGCCUCUAAGAACCCCAACCUGAGUCCCAUCACUGAGAGACUGUCUUUCAUCAGUCAGUCUCUAGCUGCACAGCAGGCUCCCUCUGCAAGCUGCACAAAACACGCAGCUCCAACCCCAGAGACCCCCUUGAACUUAGACACUGCUCACAGCAUGGAAGCGACAGGUGAGCUCACUGUGACACACGACUGGGGAAAUCCAUCAGAAGACUCCGGCAAAUCUCCCAACCCCAGUAAAGAAAGCUGUGUGAGGGAAGGCAGGAGGCUGGUGGGACAGAAGUCCAGAGGGAGAGGAACGAAGCAAAGGAAGGUCAGUGUUGCUGACUGCAACUUGCUCUGUGAGGAGACUGGAGGGCUGACAGAGGAGCACUGUGAAGACCAAACUACUUCAAACCCUGAGGCAUCAAGGGAAACCCCAUUGUGCCACACUGCACCUUAUCAGAGAGAGGAGGACAUAGGACUUGAAGCCAAGACUCCUGCAGAUAUACCCAGCACUAACUCAGAAGGGAAGUCAGAGUGUCCUGCCAGUCUUAAUGCUCUCCUACCUUCAGAUGAAGAACUGAACGACUUGAGUGCGCCAGCAGAGUUCUCAAAACGAAAAGCCGAGGGCAGGAGCAGCUCUGUAAACAGUUCAGUUGACCAGGAGCAGGGGGACCAGGUACAGGAGCACCAAACGAGCCAUGAAGUGGAGGAUAACCAACGGGGAGACCAAGCAGAGAACCUGCAUGAAAACUGCAGGUCGAGCUCUGACAGUCAGGAAGAGGAGCGACCUUUAAAUUUAGACCUGGCUCCCUGGCAGGCUGACUUUAAUUUUGAAGAUGUAUUUAAAUCUGUCGCCACUAGAGGGCAGCGCUCUGUACGCCGUAGCUUGAGGAACCAGAGCAAUGUGGCCCAGAGCAACGGGGCAGGUCUCGCCUGGAUGCCUCGGACCUCCCCGGACUCGAGUAAAGAGGCCCGAAGGAGAACGCGGGGCCGCCGGCUCAGCACUGCUCUCCCUGCCCAACCUUCAGUCUCUGAGGGGACACAGGACAACUCUUCAUAAGACUUCAAAUAGACAACAACAUAUUUGAUGUGUUCAUUCCACUGUGGUACAAACCUCACCUCCCUGUUUUCUUGAAAUUAAAUGCAGCGAUUUUUCCAAAGAGCAACCUGAUUUUUUUAUAUUGUCUAAAACCUGUAAUGUUUAUUCUCUGUGUGAAUUAUUAGAGCUGACCAGUAAUUUGUAACCAGAUUCCUGCUGGUAACCAAGCCGGUCAAUACACAGAGCUCAGUCAUGUCUACUGACCACCUCCCAAUCAAUAACUACCCGCUCCUCAGCUGGUAAUCAAAGUGCAUCUUCAGUCUCCCUCUCCAAAGUCACUGGAUCAAGCACGUCCAAGUCGAUACCUAUUCGUUGAGGAUAGAUGAAGAUGGCUUUUUACGGGAGGAGGGGGUGGAUGGAAUUCAAUCUAUAGAUGGAUAGAAUGAAAGAAAUAGGAUAGGAGGCAGUGAAUGGGCCUUACACACAGAAAUCAAAGCAAUAGGCUCUGGUAAUUCUGUGUUUGUGGCUGCUGCAAUGUUUUUAUUCCUGUGAAAUGUCCAUAAGACGUCCCUGUUUCGCCCUGUUGUUUUCACGCUGUUGGUCGGUUUGUAGACUGACGAUGAUUUCCAGUCAAGUUGAAUUUGUCUUGUACAUUGCAUCAAAUUAAACAUGACUUGGUGUUUCUCCUCAAAGUG